AGGCUGCGUGUCAGUGCAGUAGUCGACUUACAGCGGGCUGUGAGGAGAACUGGUGCCACACUUUCGACCCUAAAAACAACUAUUUUCAUACACUAAAACUUCUUAAAAAAUCUUUAAACUCGUUCUAGAGUACUUCUACUCGCUAGGUACUCGAGGAGGUCGGGUUAAACUAGUUAUUUUCGCUCUAUUUGAAGUUAAAGGCUGGGCCUUUACUCGCGCUCCUGACGAGAGAAAAAGAGAAGCUGCUCUUUCUGCGAUUAAAAGUCCAUAAAUGCUUUUUACCAAAAUGGACCUGUUGAACUACCAGUACUUGGACAAAAUGAACAACAACAUCGGCAUCCUGUGCUACGAAGGUGAAGCUGCUCUCAGAGGAGAGUCCAGAAUGCCGGCCAUGUCUCUGUCCUCUACAGUCAGCAAUCACAGGACAGGUCCUCCUCCCAUCAGCCCCAGCAAGAGGAAGCACAGCGGGGACCAAGCAGACGACGACAUCGACUCUAACAACGAGCAUGUGGCCAAGAUGAGCCGGCUGUUUGCCACACAGUUAGGCAAGCCUGCCAAUGGGGACUACCGCAAGGACCCCCGGGAUCGCAGCCGCAGCCCCAUCGAGCGCAUGAGUCUGGUCGGGGGUCACCUGUACACCCACAUGCCCAGCCUGGCCAUGGACCAGCCCCUCGCACUGACCAAACACAUGGACACCAGCCGCUCGCUCAGCAUCUCUCCCACUGUGAGCCCCGUCGAGCGCCAGCAGAAUCGCCCCUCGGUGAUCACGUGUGCCCCAGCGAACAACCGUAACUGUAACCUCACACACUGCACCGUGUCUCACAACGGCUGCUCACCCGGCCUGACUCCAAGCUACCGCAGAGCCUCCAACUCGAACACGGCCUGCGACCCCGUCAUCGAGGAGCAUUUCCGCCGCAGCCUGGGCAAGAACUACAAGGAGCCCGAGCCGGUCACAAACUCUGUGUCCAUCACUGGCUCGGUGGAUGACCACUUCGCCAAGGCUCUGGGUGAGAAGUGGCUGCAGAUCAAGGCCAAAAGCCCAGACUCCUCCACCAACGGCCACAUGGUCAAUCACAAUCACUCCCCGUCCCUCGUGUCUUGAGAAGAGGACCAGCGACCCCCAUCCCGCUUCACUCUCAAACAUGCAUGACGUAUAGCUAUGUACAUAAGAACGCAAGACCAGGAGGUGCUCCUUUAACUCUGUUGUGCUUUUGAUUCUCUUUCUCUUGUUUGUAAGUAUGCUAGUAUACUUUUAGCUUGGCUGUUGCGUUAUGGGAUGCCCAUACAAUUUUUUAUUUUAUUUUUUUUGUUGAGAUAAUCGAACCAUUUGCCUCAGAUACCAAAGAAACCGCUGAUGCAAACCUUUGACCCAGAAGCCCUUCUCCCGUCGCACUCGGUCGUGUCCACUAGUAAGGGAAGGCCUGGACUGACUGUGCACUCUUGAUGGACGGUGUGAGUGUAGUGUUGAUGGGAUGUUCAGAAGAUGUUUGGCAGGACACCUGGUCAGGAGAGAGAACCUGUCUCUGUGUCUUGGGCUCUGGCUUCUCGACGGCGCUGACAGAUGUGGGCAUUCUUCUCGUUUCGGAUGGCACUGUGGUUUCAGUAGAGUAGACUAAAGGUUUAAGGGUAAACUAGUGCUUAUAAGUGCAUGUUUUUAAAAUAGCUGGUAUCUAUUAUUAUGUAGACAUUUCAGUCGUAAUACUUUUAGCCUUUUCUUCAGAUUUGAUUUUAUUUUUGUCAGUAACAGUCCUAGAUAAACUUACUGCUGGUACAGUUGUACUCCAUAUUAUUAUAUUCUGUUCACUCUUCAUUGUGGUAGCUGCCAGAUACAGAGGAGCAAUCCGCCUCCGGACAGGCCAUCUGUAUAUUAACGGUUGGUUUAGCUUGUUAUUAAUCCACACGUGCUGCAUGACUGAAACAAGAGCGUUCGCAGCUAUGGACAGACCAUCUGCUGGAAACCACGAGCUAGAUUCGUGUGCGCUUCUUCUUAAUUCUGCGUUCAGCUGUGGAAACGGUCCGCCUGUCCCGAAUCACAAACAUUCCUCCGAUAGGAACGGCGUGCAGGUCUUGUUCUAGCUAGAGACGCUCGUCCUAACAUUCCUUCGGCCCUGGAUUCAAACACUCGCGACUGCUCUACUGCGUGUGUUUCUCACACACACACACACACACACACACACUUCACUACCGCUUUACUGGGUAGGACACGCUCACUUUCUGGUUGUGUGUUACACGCUGUAGGUAAAUCACUUAAAACAAAAAAAAGUUUUUAUAUAGGAAACUAUAAGACCAUCAUUACGCUGUGCGUAACGAAUGUACAGAGAAAAAAAUCGUAGGUAUUUUUUGAGGAACAAUUAAUUUGUUAAUGAUAUGUAGCUAUUUAAUAUUUCCCUUAUUGUAAUCAUGCUUUUUUUUUUCUUUUUGAGAAAAAGUUGAUCUUUUUUGUUUGUAGGUUUGUCUGUUAAAGGUUAAAGUGCAGGAACACAGUUAUUGUAUGAAAACACUGCGUUAGUGUAACAGCCACUUGUGUAUUAUUUCUGAAGGCUACUGAGUCUGAACUGAGACGACUGAUCAAACGGACUCCAGAUCCAUCGCUCGAGUCCAGCAGACACUCUUUAUAUGUGAUGUGCGCUUCCAGGAGAACCACCACACAAACCAACACUUUCAAACACUUCAUGAUCUGUACAUCUGUAUUAUACCCUCCUUUCUUGGCCUUGUUUCUCCUUGGAAUUAAACAAACUUUUGGCAGGCCAUUGUUUUGUACUUUUAAGUAGCCUCAAUGAUCAAUAAAGUGCUCUUAAACCACA